AUGAAUAAGAAAGCCAAGAAGUUCCUGAAGCAGAGUAUCCAUACUAGGAAGCAGAGUAGCAGGGAGACACCACUAUCAACAAAUACAGCUAGGAGGCUAAGUAAAGGAGAAAGCUCCAAGGAGAAUACCAUCCAGAAGGAGUACCGUAGCAAUUGAUCUAAUUCACGCCUUUCUGGAAAUGACUCAAUCGAUAGUCAAUAUUCCUCUUUGGAAGAAUUUCAGGAAAUGGAGCUAGCCAGCGGUCUGGUCAGAGUCAUGCCUAAAAUGGACUAUGAUAUCUCAAAUUUGUUCCUCAACCAAGAGUCUGGACCUGAAAAUGAGUGCAUAUUUGAUGAAAAAUAUCGGUACAACAAGCAUCUUCAGAGACGUGUAAAAAUACAUCCUGUGUUCAAAGUUCCUAUAAUCCAGAGAGAAAGCAAAUAUGAGUUCUUCAGCAAGAGGGAUGAAUUCUCUAGAUGCAAUAUAAAGAUAAAGCAGUCCAUUCAUGAGCUCAACGAUGUAUCGCCUUUUAAAGACGCACACAAGACCAAAGCUCCGAAUUUUAUUCUUGAAGAGAAACAUGAAGAGGAGAAAGUUGGCUCCCAGAACUUUCCCAGGGCCAAACCUCCGAUGCUGAAGAAACCCCUCGCUGUGAUCUCUCAGAAGGUUCAUCAAGAAAGCCAGAUCAAAUUGGAAGAUAACAUAGCAAUUCUUGAGAACGGUCAUGAGAAAAGUCAAAAUACUUCAUUCGAUUCUAUGGGCACAGAUCAGAUCUUCAUGACUUAUGCUGAGAAUGACACGAAUGGAGAGGAAGAGCAGGAAAAACUGCAAAGCAACCAUAUCCUGAUCGAUCAAGAGAUCGAUAAGAUUAAGGAGAACAUGCGGAUGCCCACUACUGAGACUGAAGAAGAUGAGCUCUUGUUCAAAGAUGAUGAAAAUAUCAACCAAAAUCUUCCAUUUGAGUACCAAGUGAAGGCGGAUGAGUUUUCAUGUGAGAAAGCAAAUAAUUUGUUCAGCCCCUUGGUCAGAAAAAUCGCUCUAAUGGAGUAUGACUUUCAAGCUGAUAUCUCUGAAGCAAAACAUCUGAAUUCCACCUCUGGGUUUUUACUGGCUCCUGAUUUGGCUUUCAAGAAAGUUCAUGACAAGAAGAAGGGUGGAUAUAUGUACGAAGCUAGUGCGAUAAUCGAUCAUAAAAGCCCAGAAAUGAUUCUUCAUAAACUAAUGAACGCAAGCAUUUUGAAAUCUUUCCUAUGUACACCAAUAAAACUUCUCUCUUGUGGUCUAGAACACUGAGCAGUCUUGACUUCCUUUGGGACUGUGGCUACCUGGGGCUAUGGUGCUUCUGGAUGCCUUGGACAUGGAAACUAUACAUCCUUUACCAGUCCGAAACUGGUCCAAGUCAAAGAUGAAGAGUACUUGAAUGAGAUCGAUACCAUUGAGUGUGGUGGAUACCACACUAUAUGCAUCUCUAACUCACACUCUGUUUAUUCUUGGGGCAGAGGUGAUGUUGGGCAGCUUGGUCACUACAAAGGUCAACUCGCCAAAGACAAAAUGGGACUUGUCCAGUUGACUCCAAAACUUAUAGAAUAUUUCCAAGAGGUCCCAAUUAUUCAAGCAGGGUGUGGCGAAGCCCACACUCUGCUCCUUGAUAAAUGGGGCAGGAUUUUCUCAUUUGGAUGGCACCAGCUUGGCCAACUUGGAGUGGGCAAAGUUAAUGAUGGAUUUUCCAUCAACUAUAUUAAAGGAAUUCCUAAGAUCAGUAAGAUCUUUUCUGGAGCAAUUUUCUCAAUGGCUAUCUCAUCUCAUGGCAAAGUUUAUACUUGGGGAUGAGGAGAAAGUGGACAACUAGGACUUGGAGUGGAAAUCAAAGAGUCAGUCAUUCCAAUCCAAAUCGGAGUUGGCACUGAAUUCGAGCAGAAAUAAUGUAAUUGAGGGAAUAUGUGGAAGCAGUCAUUCUAUUGUGAUGACUGAUGAAGGAGAGAUUUAUGCAUGGGGACAAGGAGAAAUAAAAUCAAAAUCUGAUAGUAAAGAGUUGAAAUAUAUCAAAGCUUCGAAUGUUGGAACUGUACUGACACAUGUGGAAACUAUUCAUAAAUUUUUGCUCAAAAAGAAGACCCCAAAAGUUUCAAAACCAUUAAGGUAUUAUUCACAGAGAUGCUCUCCAGAGAAAAUCGUUGAAAUCUCCACAAUUUCAUCACCAAAGGACAGUGAUGAUUCUGGAAAAUUAGAAAAAUCUGCUCUUCAAAAAGCAUCUUUGUUGAGGAAUAAUUUGCCAAGCUCAAGAGUUCCCUUUAAGAAAAAGCCGUUUCAAGAAGAGAAUAAUCAAACAAAGAAGUUGUUUUCAUAUAAGAGUCAGAAUUCACUUUCUGCGAGGGAUAAAUUAUCCAAAAUACAAAAUACCUAUAUCAAAACUCAUGCCAAGAACAGCCCUUCUUUAGGAAGCAGGGAGUCAGCAUCAAGAAGCCCUAUCAUAAAGAAUGCAAAGACUAGGCCUCCAAGCUCAAGGACAGGAAAGAAUGCUUUAAAUGGCCACUCAAGAUCAGAGAUGUACUCAAUCAAUUCAAAUUCUCCAAGGAAGUUUCUUCAGAUCCAGAGCGACCACAGUUUGCUUGAUUCCUCUGCCCAUGGACAUCGAUACAAGAAUUCUGUGCUUACAUCUACUCAUAAGGCUAAUCAUAGCACUUUGAAGAGCGAUUUAUCUCCUAGAAAGAACAGAAAUAUGGCUAAUCACACUAAAGAAGAAAGCAAAGAUCACAAGCAGUGAAAAUUUUCUUUGCUAAAAUCAAGGGUGAACUCCGCCCUGAACCAGUUCAAGGAGAGGAAAAGUCCCAGUAGUAGAUAUCAGAGGUCCCCUGGUUCCUCCACUGCAAAGAUAAAGAUCGGCAUUAAGCCAAAGGAAAAGGGGAACAAGAGGAGGAGUGCUAGAGCAGAGCCCUACACCACCACCUCUAAGAUCAGCAAGACCACUAUGCUGAAUGAGAUGUCUAAGCAGAUGUUGAAGCCUAAGAAAAGGGCUUAAUUAAUCCUCCCCAUAAUUGUCUCAACAUGGAACUAUAAAA